GGAUCAGGGGAUGAGGGUGCCUGGGGCAGCGGGCGGGAGAGCGAGGGAGAGCCACGCAGGCAGGCGGGACAUACAGGUGGCAGUGUGACGCUUGUGCCCGGCGAGGACCUUCCGGGAGAAGGUCACCUGCGUGCCAGGACAGCCGUGCGUGUGUCCCGGCCGCUGUCACGGCCCCGCGGCGGGCGGGCCCGGCGGGCGGGUGACCGCCGCACCCUGGAGCGGGCGGGCGCUUCCCGCCUCCCUGUCCCCAUCCCUGUCGCCGCCGAGGCCACUCGGGCUCCGUGGCCUCAGCGGACACCCCCAUGCAGCGGGAGCGCGGGGAGCAGAGCCCGGGAGCCCCCGAAGCCGAGGUCAAGGCUGUCAUCGUGGGGGAUGGCGGCUGCGGGAAGACGUCGCUGCUGGUGGCCUUCGCCAAAGGGGACUUCCCCAAGGUCUAUGUCCCCACCGUGUUCGAGAAGUACACGGCGUCCCUCCAGGUUGCCGGCAAGCCCGUGAAGAUCCACCUGUGGGACACGGCAGGACAGGAAGACUACGACAGGCUGCGCCCUCUGUCCUACUCAGAUGCCAACGUUGUCCUCAUGUGCUUUGAUGUCACCGACUCCAACAGCUUUGACAACAUCCUAACGAAGUGGUACCCGGAGGUGAACCACUUCUGCAAGGGCGUCCCGGUGCUGCUGGUGGGCUGCAAGACGGACCUGCGGCAGGACCAGGAGGUGCUGCAGAAGCUGAAGGACGGACGGAUAGAGCCCGUCUCCCGCCAGCAGGGAGAGGCCAUGGCCCGGCAGGUCCGCGCCGUGUCCUACAUGGAGUGCUCGGCCAGGUACCAGGAUAACGUGGGGAACAUCUUUGUGACAGCCUGCAGUGCCGCCAUCAGUGCCGCCCGCCGGAGGCAGCGCAAGGCGGGACCCAGGAGGGUCUGUGCCAUCCUCUGAGCCCCCCGGCUCGGCACGACCCCCCCGGCAUCUCCUGCUGUCCCCGAGCUCCGCCUCCGCCACCGGAAUGCCGCUGCCACCCUCCCGACCCGGGGCUGGCACCGCCGGUCGCCACGGGGUGACAGCAGGAAAGCAUUCCCGGCAUGAACUGUCACGCCUGGAUCCCGGAGUCCUGUCCCUUUCCCGCUGGGGAUGCCAGCGUCCUGUCCCUGUCCCGCCAGGAAUCCCAGCGUCCUGUGCCACCCUGGCUGCCAGCACCCCCCGCCAGCCGGGCUCUGGGGACACGGAACUGAUUUGGGGGCUCCCCUUCCCGCUGGCAGGCCAGCGCCGGAGGGUGACACGGGGUGGCUGCAGGGCCAUCUGCUGCCAUUAAAGUGACACAAAACUCA